AUGCAGGGCGCAUGCCGGAUACCCCCGCUGGGCCCAGAUGCUCCCUCUGGGCCCGAAGCAUCCUCGGCGCUGCCCUCCCAGAGCCCCGCAGAGGCUGAAGUGGCGCGGGGUAGGGGGGCCCGGCUCCGCGAGAAGCGGCGGCAGCGAGGGCUGGAGGACCCGGGCUCCGGGGCUCCGGGGCUCCGGGCCUCCUUGCCUCCGGGGGGGUCUGGCCUGGGUGAGACUGAGCCCAUCCAGGAACUGGGACUCCGGGGUUCUGGUGUGGGUGGAUCCGGGGCAGGCUCAGGACCAAGUCCCUCUCCUUCCACCAAGAAGCGCCCAGAGGCCGGCGGGAGCUCCAGGUUCACCUCCUCCUCCUCCAGCCCAGAACCUGAGGAAUCAGCCACGGAGCAGUCGGUCUUCACGGAGCGGGAUGCUGGGAGCGGGCUGUUGACGCGUCUCCGCGAGCGGCCAGCCCUGCUGGUCAGCAGCACAAGCUGGACAGAGUUUGAACAACUGACUCUUGACGGACACAACUUUCCUUCUGUCGUCUGUGUGAUAACAGGCAAAGGGCCUCUGAGGGAGUAUUACAGCCGCGUCAUCCACCAGAAGCAUUUCCAGCACAUCCAGGUCUGCACCCCGUGGCUAGAGGGCCGAGGACUACCCCCGCUUCUAGAGACACGGUGUUGCUAUGUUGUCCAGGUUAGACUCAAACUCCUGGGCUCAAGUGAUUCUUCUGCCUCAGCCUCCUGAGUAGCUGAGACUACAGGUGUGUGCCACUGUGCCCAGCAAGAUUUUAAAAAAUACGUAUGCCCGGACACCACGCUAAACCAACUAAAUCAGAAUCAGAUAUAGUGAAGUCAUUAAUCAUUUUGUUCCUGGGUCUUUAUGUUAGUUUUGCUCCUGGGAAAAUCCUGGGAAUGUGGUAGAGAGAGAGAAAGAGAUGGGAAAAUAAGAUUUUAAGAAG